AUGAUUCAUCAUAUCAUUCAUAAAUACAACAAUCAAUUCAAUAGAACAACUGAGAUCAAUGAUAAUAAUAAUAAUAGCAGUCAAACAUCACCAUCAAUACAAUCGUCAUCAUAUCAAUUAUCAUUAGUAAUACCGAUUUAA